AUGGAAUCAUCCAGCGGUACCGCCUACGCUCUGUUCUUGCACCGCCAGGAGUUGCAACGCCGCCAGAUGCUAUACACCAAGGUUUCGAGGACCAAAAUCCAGCUGACAAAGGAACUGAUUGCCAAGCAGAAGCAACGGCUGGGCGCCUGCACCAACGAGGAUCUGGAGAUCCUCAACAGAGAGACGCAGUUCAAGCGAACGCUCCAGCAGAAGCUCAAGCAUCGCAACAAGCAGCUGAAAGCCAUUGCCAGGCAACAGGAGAGACGAGAAAGCUGA